GUUUACGUUCAUCAGACAUAUAAAAACAGUUGGACGGGCUUGUGGUUGUGGACAGACAUGAAGAAAAAAAGGGAGACAGUCUGUAAAAUUGGGCUCCAGUUUUUUGGGUUUUUGAAGGAAACCGAUCGAGCAGCCAUUAAAGCCAAAGCGGAACUAAAAUACAUAUACAACAACGAGUAUAGAGGAGUGCAGGUGGCCAAAGCUCCUAACUUUGGCACAGUCCUCUACUUUUUGAAAAUGUCAAAGGAAAUUAAAGUGGGAAAAGAUUACGUUCACGUCAAGUCCAAGGUGAGAGGGCUUACUGUAGACCAGUGGAACGCACCCAGGCCGAGACAACAGGAGACUUUGAAUGGAGUAACCCAUCCAUCUCGAUCUCCAUCUUCAGAUCAGCCUUCCUUGUCCGCAGUCGACAAAGAGAGAAAAUGUGCCCAGCUCCUUGUGGAAAAACUCAAGAAAAACAGAUCUGACUACAUUGCAAAUAAAAAUGGCAUUGUCAUCAGCUCAAAUUAUCAGUUUGAAGAUGGAACCAUUUGCAUAGAGUGGCAAAAAACAGAGUGUCUUGUGAAUUUAACUGUAGCAAACACUGGAACUGAAACAGUGCAUUUUACCUACUACACGGCGUUGCGCAUGCUCAGCAGCUUCACACUCUGUGAUAAGCAGAAAGUGACCAGAAAAAACCCACUUGCGCUCAAACCUGGUGACAGCUAUGAAAUCCAAGUUCUCUACGAGUUUAAGGCUGCUGGUAACUACCCAGCGACGUUGGCCUUUGAAUUUCAGCGAGACCUGAACUCCUCCAGUAGUUUAUUCCACAUUGUGCGCGAUAUUCAGGUUCAUUAUGUGACCGCGUUGGGAAUGGAGCUGAAACCUGUUGCGCCUUUUAGGCGCUCUUUUCCUGCUCGAGUACCUAUACUGCACUGCAAGAUUGUGGAAGGGCAUCCACCUGAAGGGAUGUUGAUAUUGCAACUAAAGAAUGAAACCCCACUCAUGAGCUAUCAAAUGCCAAAAGACACCACCCGGCUAGUUCUGUCACUGAACAAGGACAUCUCCUCUGAUAAAAGUGCAUUGCUGAAAAGUCCAUUAACCUUUGGGAACUACGUUGCAAAGUUCAAUCAGAUGUUGUAUUUGGAAGAGCAUCAGAUGCAAGUGGACAUCAGGAAAUACUUUAUACCCAACAGUGAACACGAAUCCGUCACCAUGGAAAAAGAUCCAAAUAACCAGAGGCUGCUCAUUCUAAAGAUCCCUGGUCUGUCUGAGAAUCGCCCUUCUGUGCUGCGAGGAGAUAAGCUGAUAGUUUAUUCCCAAAACGAAACCGGAGUGAAGUACAGUGGCUAUGUCCACAAAGUAGAGAGGGACUAUGUCAAACUGGGAUUUCACUCUGAUUUGUUGAAUCGUUUUAUCGAAGGCAUGCAUUUCAACGUGGAGUUCACAAUAAACCGCAUCAUGCUGCGCGUGCAGCAUAGAGCAGUGGGCUUUGCGGUCAAAUAUGGCCUUGGAGAAGUGUUAUUCCCACAGAAACACGACCUCAGCUUAAAGGAGAUGCCUGAAGUCCCCACACUAAGUCUCUGUAACCGUAAACUGGAAAACAACCCUGAGCAGAUGGAUGCUGUGUGUCACAUCGUAGCUGGCACCUCCAAACCCGCUCCAUACCUGGUGUUUGGACCACCUGGCACGGGCAAAACGGUCACUCUGGUUGAGGCCAUCAAGCAGAUAGUGGAGAGACAGCCACAUUGCCACAUUUUAGCCUGCGCUCCCUCCAACAGUGCGACUGAUCUUUUCUGCCAAAGAGUUGCCGAGCAUGUGGAUAAUCACUUAUUGUACCGCAUGUACGCCCCUAGCCGUGACCCACAAACAGUCCCAGAGAAGCUCAAGGCAUGUUGUAACCUGCAAGGGGAUUGUUACAUUUUUCCUCCCAAAGAGGAGCUGAUGAAGUAUAAAGUCAUUUUCACCACUCUGAUCACUGCUGGAAGGCUGGUCACAGGAAACCUCCCCAUGGGUCAUUUCACUCACUUUUUUGUGGACGAGGCCGGUAAUGCCGUGGAGACUGAAUGUCUAAUCCCACUGGCUGGGCUGCUGGACCCAAAGUCUGGACAGGUGGUUUUAGCUGGAGACCACAAGCAGCUCGGACCCAUCGUCGCUUCCCCCCUUGGUCUCAAAUUUGGAAUGGGCAUUUCCCUCUUGGAAAGAAUGAUGAUGCACGUGUCGUUGUAUCAGAAAAACGUCGGUGGGUUCGACAAAAACUUUGUCACCAAAUUGCUGUGCAAUUACAGGUCCCAUCCGGCCAUUUUGAAAAUUCCCAACGAGCUCUUCUAUGAUGGAGAACUCCGGGUCCGCGCCGAUGAAAUUAUACGCAACUCCUUCUGCAACUGGGAACAUCUGAAACAGAAGGAUUUUCCUGUGAUCUUCCACGAGGUGACGGGCGUUGACGAGCGAGAGGCCAACAGCCCUUCGUUCUUCAACAGAGCAGAGGUGGACGUGCUGAUGUUUUAUGUGAGAGAACUACUGCUGACUGCUGGCAAAAAGGGGCUGGCCAUAUUAUCUCCCAAAGACAUUGGCAUCAUCGCCCCCUACAGGAAACAAGUGCAGAAAAUCCGUCAGGCCCUGUAUAAAAUUGGAAAAGAGUUCAAAUUCAAGAAGGUGGAUGAACUUAAGGUUGGUUCUGUGGAGGAGUUCCAAGGCCAGGAGAGAAGAGUCAUCUUGGUGUCAACAGUGCGCAGCAACCGGCAGUACACAGACUUUGACAAAAAGUUCAGCCUUGGCUUUGUCACCAACGAGAAGAGGUUCAACGUGGCUAUCACUCGAGCUCAAGCCCUGCUGAUCGUGGUGGGAAACCCGUGGGUGCUCCGCACUGAUCGAGUGUGGAGAUGCUUCAUCGAGUACUGUAUAGAUUCGGGCGCCUACGACCCUGACCACGUGGAGGAAGAGGACAAUGUGAUCGCAAGGCUUUCAGGUCUCUCCAUCAAGAUUGACCUACAAGAAGAGGUUGACGCUUGCGAGCUUCAUGUUCGCCAAGCAGAAGAGUGAUGAACGACGACGUCUGAAUGUGAAUCUCUGCACCAGAGACCAUCAACUUGCAACACAGCUUUUAAUUUUUGGAGCAGAUCAUGCAAUAAUCACAAUCACAAUUUGUUCUGACUCCUGUAAAAAAACAAAAACAAAAAUAUUAUGUAAAUUUUAUAUAUGAGCAAUCUGAGGUGUAUUGUGAAGAAUUAAGUACACUGUGUGGUGAUUUUAUACAUGUAAUUCACACUGUAUCCAUGGAAUUUUUGUGUCAAAUAAAAUAUUUUUCAAAAUGA